CGCUCCCUGUCGCAGCCGGAGACUUCGCUGCUUCCCCCUUCCUACCCUCUCCACGGCGGUCGCUCGGGCUGUCCAGGGAAGGGGCGGCCAAGAGAGAACGGGACUGACUUCCAUAAAGUUUCCCGAAGCAUCUGCUACCCGAAAGGCCCCAGCCAAGCCGCAAUGAAGAGCUUCUCACAGUAAAAGGAAAAUAGGUCGCACCCAUUAAAAAUGCCUUUGAGGGACAAAUACUGUCAAACCGACCACCAUCAUCACGGAUGCUGCGAACCAGUUUAUAUCCUGGAGCCUGGAGAUCCUCCUUUAUUACAGCAACCAGUACAGACAUCCAAAUCUGGUAUUCAGCAAAUAAUUGAGUGCUUUCGAUCAGGAACCAAACAACUUAAACAUAUUUUAUUAAAAGAUGUGGACACUAUUUUUGAAUGUAAAUUAUGCCGUAGUCUCUUUAGAGGAUUACCAAAUUUAAUUACUCAUAAAAAAUUUUACUGCCCACCAAGUCUCCAAAUGGAUGACAAUCUUCCUGAUGUAAAUGAUAAGCAAAGCCAAGCCAUAAGUGAUCUCUUAGAAGCCAUAUAUCCAAGAGUGGACAAGAGAGAAUAUAUUAUUAAGCUAGAACCCAUAGAAACCAACCAAAAUGCAGUGUUUCAAUACAUUUCAAGGACUGAUAAUCCUGCUGAAGUGACAGAGUCAAGCAGUACCCCUGAACAAACUGAAGUUCAAAUACAGGAGACAAGCUCGGAACAGCCAAAAGCAGUCCCCGAUGCAGACACAGAGGUGGUGGAGGCCAUAGAGUCUCCUCCUGUAGAGACUGUUGUAGAUGAAGCCACCGCUCCUGCCGAGGAACAACCUCAGGAAUCACAGGCUGACUUGGAGACAUCUGACAGUUCUGACCUUGGUCACCAGUUGAUAUGUUGUCUUUGUAGAAAAGAAUUCAAUUCUAGACGAGGUGUCCGUCGUCACAUUCGAAAAGUACACAAGAAAAAGAUGGAAGAACUAAAAAAAUACAUUGAAACACGAAAGACUCCAAACCAGUCUUCAAAAGGACGCAGUAAGAAUGUUCUGGUUUCAUUAAGUAGGAGUUGUCCAGUUUGUUGUAAAUCAUUUGCUACAAAAGCGAAUGUAAGGAGGCAUUUUGAUGAAGUUCACAGAGGACUGAGGAGGGAUUCAAUUACUCCUGAUAUAGCGACAAAGCCUGGGCAACCUUUGUUCCUGGAUUCCGCUUCUCCUAAAAAAUCUUUUAAGACUCGAAAACAAAAGUCUUCAAAGGCUGAAUACAAUUUAACUGCAUGCAAAUGCCUCCUUUGCAAGAGGAAAUACAGUUCACAAAUAAUGCUUAAGAGACAUAUGCAAAUUGUCCACAAGAUAACUCUUUCUGGAGCAAACUCUAAAAGAGAGAAAGGCCCUAAUAAUACUGCCAGCAGUUCAGAAGUAAAAGUUAAAGUUGAGCCAGCAGAUUCUGUAGAGUCUUCACCCCCUUCCAUUACCCAUUCUCCACAGAAUGAACUCAAGGGAACAAAUCAUUCAAAUGAAAAAAAGAACACACCGGCAACGCAGAAAAAUAAAGCUAAACAGGACUCUGAAAGCCCUAAAUCAGCUAGUCCUUCAGCUGCAGGUGGCCAGCAAAAAACCAGAAAACCAAAACUUUCAGCUGGCUUUGACUUUAAGCAACUUUACUGUAAACUCUGUAAACGCCAGUUUACUUCCAAGCAGAACUUGACUAAACACAUAGAGUUGCACACAGAUGGAAAUAACAUUUAUGUUAAGUUCUACAAGUGUCCUCUCUGCACUUACGAAACUCGUCGGAAACGUGAUGUGAUAAGACAUAUAACUGUGGUUCAUAAAAAGUCAUCUCGUUACCUUGGGAAAAUAACAGCCAGUUUAGAGAUCAGAGCUAUAAAAAAGCCUAUUGAUUUUGUUCUAAACAAAGUAGCAAAAAGAGGCCCUUCAAGGGAUGAAGCAAAACACAAUGAUUCAAAACAUGAUGGCGCUUCCAAUUCUCCUAGUAAAAAGUUUGAAGUAGCCGACGUCGGUAUUGAAGUGAAAGUCACAAAAAACUUUUCUCUUCACAGAUGCAAUAAAUGUGGAAAGGCAUUUGCUAAAAAGACAUACCUUGAACAUCAUAAGAAAACUCAUAAGGCAAAUGCUACCAAUUCACCUGAAGGAAACAAAACCAAAGGCCGAAGUACAAGAUCUAAGGCUCUUGUCUGAUAACUUCAAGUGAUGUACGAAAAGGUUUGGAGUUCAUUUUUGUGGAAAGACUUUAAGUUGUUAGAACCACUAAACGUCUUCACAUGGUACUAUGAGGAAAAAAAAAAAAGAACAUUUUCAUAAAAUCUCAACUGUAACUGCUGAUUUCUGACUAAAAACAAUAACCAUCUAACCAGUUUCUAAGGCAAUGCCCAUUCCAGCACUUUCGAGUAGCUGUGAUAUUAUAUAUUGUCUUCAUAGACCUUGAAUAUAUAGUCUACAAUUUCUACAAAAAUGUUGGGAAUUUCACUUUCCAAAUAAUUUGUUGAUUAAAAUGAUCAACAACUUGAAGGAAAUAAUAGUUUUCAAUUGAUAUAAACUUUGUGUUUUUAGUGGUUUAAGUUUAUUUUGUUUUACAUGCAAAAUUUUAUCUAGCUUGUAUAGAUAAGUAUGACUUUUGUAGAGAGCUUGUCAAUAGGAUCAGAAGACAGAUCAGUAUCAGUACAUAUGAAUAUUUAGUAGCUACUGAGUAUUUAUAGUUAUUCUGAAUCCAUUUAAAUUGAGUUUUUCUUUAGCACUUAAAUGUUUGAAAGUUUUAUUCUGAAAUACAUACUACAAAAUGUUCCAGUUCAUUUUAUGCAUAGAUCAUUAUUACAUUUGUCAUUUGUAAACAGACGUUUUUAUGAAAAUUAAACAUUCCCCUAUUUUUCUUUAAAUUUUAUAUAAAGCACUUUAAUGAUCGAUGCAAUCUUACUUCUCAGUUCCUAUUUUUUUAAAGAACACAUUUACUACUGUUUAUAUGAAGGUAAUAAAUAGCUUACUGAUAUUUUAUAGAUGCAGACAAUCCACGUGCAACCACUUCUUAUGUUUCUACUUUAUUUCUUUAAAUGUUGCUGGAAAGGAAGAUAGGGGUGUCCAUCUUAAUUUUUUUCUCCCAAGCAAAAAUUUUAAAUGACCACUUUAGAUAAUAUUUGAUUCCUACUGUAAAAUGGAAAAUAAUGAAUUCUUGUCCAUCUUUUGUAAUCAAGAUUUUAGGAAAAAAAGAAAUACAUCUAUCUUUAUGAAAUUUUGGGCAGGUUUUUGUGUAUCAAUAUUUUGUACUUUUAGGGAAUAUUUUAUUUUUUAGUAAUUUGUGUCAAAUUAUUUUAAAAGGUACUGCAGAAAGUAUACCAUGUUUUUAUAUAGGUUCACAGCUGUACUUAGAAUGGACCUUGUCCAUCUGUAUCCUUUUUGUAUAAACUUUUAAAUGUCAAAGAUCUAGAAGGUCAUAAUAAAAUGCUUCUAUAGGUAGAAAAACAUUUAUCUUUCUCAGUGCUUUGCACUAAAAUAUACUGUGAAAGGAAUUUAGAAAGACUGUAAUUGUUGCUGGAAAUGUUCUAUAUUGAAUGUACAUGUUUAUGUUGGAAAAAUGUACUCUAUGUGAUGAAAUAAACCAGACUAAACGUUACUUCAGCUAAAUGUGCUUCAACACAGGUACAUUGGUUGAAACGUAAAUGUUUUAUUCUACUCAGUGACUAUGAGCAGCUACACUUGAAGUAUAUCCUGAUAGUUUUAUUUUUAAGAAGUAAUGAUUUCUCUUUAAUUUAAAAACAUUACUUUUCCACAGAUGGAAAAUUUGUACUUAUAGGUCUAAUGUUAAUGACUAAUAGCAUAAUAUAUUUAGGGACCAAAUGUGUAGUAGGUGGCAUUUAAUUUAUAAACAUCUUCAUUAGUUGCACAUUAUUAAACCUGUAUUUUUGACA